ACAGAUGGAAAGCUCAUGGGAGUUCUAGGCACUAGGACCCUGCAGGUGCAACAGUGAUUUUUCAGUAAUGUGCAGUGCAGUCGCAUCAGCAGAAGCGGUACGGUAGGCUGCAGCAGCGUCCCCGACGCGCCGCGGCUACCCAUCUUCAAACAUCAGCAAUCUAACGGAUUGGUUUGCAGAGAGAUAAAGUGUCUGUACACUGAGAAGAAUAACACAGCCCUGCUGAUCAUCGUUCGGGCACAACCGAGCGAGCCUGCCGUCAUGGCCUCGUCAGUGAGUGGAACGGAGGAAGUGCGCGGGUCGGCGUUGACGCCCCUGAAGUUGGUGGGCUUGGUGUGCAUCUUCCUCGCGUUGUGCCUGGACGUCGGGGCUGUGUUGAGCCCAGCGUGGGUGACCGCGGAUGAUCAGUAUUACCUGUCUCUUUGGGAGUCGUGCUGGAAGCCUGUUACCUCGGAAACCUGGCAGUGCAGCACCACAUUGGAGACGGACUGGCAGAUCGCCACCCUGGCCUUGUUGCUUGGCGGAGCAGCUCUCAUUCUUCUCUCCUUCUUGGUGGCUCUGGUGUCAGUUUGUAUUGGAUCAAGGAGGCGGUUCUACAGACCUGUUGCUGUGAUGCUGUUUGCUGCAGUGGUCUUUCAGGCGUGCAGCUUGGUCCUGUACCCCAUCAAGUUCAUUGAGACCAUCAGCUUGAGAAUAUACCACGAGUUCAACUGGGGCUACGGCCUCGCCUGGGGCGCCACCAUCUUCUCCUUCGGAGGGGCCAUCCUGUACUGCCUGAAUCCUAAGAACUAUGAAGACUACUACUAAUCUUGCUCGACGACUCGAAUGCCUUCAGCACACCCCCGGUGUUCUCCACUGUCUGUGACAAUAGCAGCUCAUGCACUGAACUGUUAGUUUUCUCCCCCUCUUUGCUGAACUGAUGCUGAUUUCCUUCUGAACACAUAUGCACGCACCUGCACACGUAAAGACACACACAAAGACACGCACAGGAUCACACACAGAAUGCGCAGAAAGGUGCAGACUUCACUAAUGUGUGGACUUCGAUGAGGAAGUGAGAGUGUAUUUUCCAGUCUCCCAUUUGACAGUUCCAAUCAUCUUCUUCAUUCUAUCUUGUACUCAUAUCAUCAUUCUAUUAAGUCAUUAUCAUUCUCUAAAUCUAUCAUUCAAUUAAAACGUAUCAUUCCACACAGCUAUCAAACCAAAUCGGCCUAUCAUUUUUCUUCUUUCAUUUCACUUUGAAACAUUUUUUCUCUGUUCAAUUUUCAGAUCAGCCAUAAAUCAUUCGAAAUUCUUGCACACAAUGAUCCAUCUCUUUCUGAUAUGUUGCCAAAUGGACUUAGAAUGUAUUGAACUUCUGUAACAGAGUACACAAUCAAAGGAAGAUAUCGCAUUACAAUUCUGUGGAUACAGGAUGUUGCUUCAUAGAGAGUGGUAUCAUACAGAUAGACAUGACCAUAAAAGUGGGUUCCAAAUGGGACUGUACAUUACAGUACUGUAGCAGGUUACCAAUGGUUAAUUGUUGUUGUGCCAUCACAACGUGUAAACUUAGGAUAGAAGAUGUUCUAGCAGAGCUUCUCUCUCCAUAGUCAGAGAAUUGAGCAAAUGAGUGACAGGAGAGUGUAGAUCAGACGGAGACGGGCCCCCCACUGUGUUUAUACCUGAUGAUGUGGAGUGGAGUUUGAGAGGAGGGACCUCGAGACUGAUGGUGCAAAACGCAUUAUUGAACCUUUUUAUUGAAACACGUCAGAUAACCCUCACUCUAUAUCACACACAGAAACAAACACACACACACACACACACACAUUCUGAUGUGUUUACAGUUACAGCUAGUUAUCAGAUCACUGAUAUAGUUGUUUACAUUCCUGUCAUGCUAAAAAUGCCCAUUCCCCUGGCACAUCCUAUCAGUUUGUGGAACAGAAACUAAAAGAGACUAGUCCAUCGCUGCCACUCUUCACAGUAGUGGAGGGUGAGGAACUCUAGCUGUGUACGACACAAUCAAGUGUCUGGCAGUAUGGUAGCAUAAUAGUCAGAAACAGUGUCAUUGAAGUGCUGCGGCUAGCCUGAAUGACCGUUGUUGAGCAUUGUGAAGUUUUGUCUGGCUAGCAGUGGCUUGCUCCACUGACACUUGUGUUUCAACUCUCUGACUCAAGAUCAUGCCCUAUUUUAGUCCUUUUAAAAAAGAAAGAGGGGUUCUUCAUAGAAAAAUAGGAUUUAGCAAUGUAGAGCAGAGAUCUUGUUGUUUAUAGCCAAGCCUUGGUAAUAGACUAGUUUCUGACCUAUCAAAAAAAGGUAUACUUUUCAUGAAUAUCGAUACAGGUACUGUAGAUGAAGACGAUCAGAAUUUAGAUAAGCGUUUGUUAGCCUUGUUGACUUGAGUGCAUGUGUAUGUAAGUAUGCAAGAGAGAUAGCUAAACUGUUGAGUGUGUGUGUGGGUGUAUGUGUGUGCGUGUAUAUUUGGCUAGAGGCCUUUUCUGCUCUGUGUGUGCAGUUGUGACGUCUGGCACUGGUUUCGAUACUAACACAAUAAACAGGUGAA